AUGAAUAACGGCAAUGCGAGCGGGACACCGCCGCCGACGUUACCAGAAGAUCAACUGCUCGAGCUGCUCACCCAGUUACAAAGGACCACACCGGAACAGGCAAAAGCGAUCUUGAAUGCGCAACCGACGAUUGGGUAUGCGCUUGUACCGCUGAUGGUGAAGAUGGGGAUUGUUAAUUUGGAGGUGUUGCAAAAAACGCUAUCAUCGUACGCUGCUCCGGCAUCAAAUCAAACUGCACCUCCACCCGUUCCUACGAUUCCAGCACACCUCAUUCCAUCUCAAUCACAACCUCAGGCACAAGUACAAGCACAUCAGCCACCAUACGGACAUCAACCAACUCCACCACCAGCAGUGGCACCCUACCCAUUGAACCCGACGGCACCUGCCCCACAAUAUCCUGGUUACGCGCAGAAUGGCGGGUAUACCGGUCAGCAACAGCAGCAACAAUAUGGUGGACAGCAGCACCCAACUCAACAGCAACCUGCUGUGGGACAAACUUCGGGCCCAAAUGCAGCAAUGCUUGGUGCACUAGGGAAUAUACCUGAUGACCAACGUGAAAUGAUCAUGCGAGUCAUUUCAAUGACACCAGACCAGAUCAAUCGUCUACCACCUCAGGAUCGAGCUAUUACUAUACAGCUUCGCACAACACUAGGCUUGCCUACAGAGUGA